AUGACUACUUCUGAUAUCCUACCACAAGCUAAAGAUUUUUCAAAUUUAUACAGUAGAGAAACCUUGAGAAGGUUUCCUUCUCCAAUCAAAACAACCAUGGCAUAUUUUCAAGAUCCUAAUAUUGUAUUUUUAGGAGCCGGUAUGCCACCUGCUGAAUUGUUCCCAUUAAAAUCGUUAAAAGUUGAAACACAUAAACCACCCUUCCAAGAUUUUAAAAAUUUAAAUCCAGAAAAAUCAUCAAUCUUCUGUGACAUCCAAAGAGAUAUUGAAAAUUUGGAGAUUCCAAUGGAUGUUCCCUUGUCUAGAGCUUUACAAUAUGGCAAUUCUAGGGGACAAAAAGAAUUAUUAAGCUUUUUAAAAUCCCAUACCGAAAUAUUUCACACUUUGAAUUAUAAGAACUGGGAUAUUAUUACUACUACUGGUUCUACUCAAGCUUGGGAUGCUGCUUUAAGAAUAUUUUGCAAUGAAGGCGACACAAUUUUAUUGGAAGAGUAUACUUAUUCUAGCAGCUACGAGGCUGCAAUGAGUCAAGGUAUUAACUGCAUCCCUUUGUCAAUGGAUUCCAAGGGUAUUAUCGUGGAGAGUCUAGAAUUACUGUUAGAAAAUUGGGAUGAGAUGUACACUGGUAUACCUAAACCCAAGCUUUUAUACACCAUUCCAACUGGUCAAAAUCCAACUGGUAUCACUUUAUGUGAUGAAAGAAAACCACUAAUUUAUAAACUUGCACAAAAACAUAAUUUGAUAAUAAUUGAGGAUGAGCCAUAUUAUUUUUUACAGAUGCCAGCAUAUAAUGAAUCUGGUAGCACUAACGAGAUUGACAGGUUCAGUUCUCACGCUGAGUUUAUUAAUUCUUUGGCCAAAAGCUUCUUGUCUUUGGAUACUGAUGGGAGAGUAUUAAGGAUGGACUCUGUCUCUAAAACUUUUGCACCAGGUUGCAGAUUUGGCUGGCUAACCGGUUCCAAACCCAUUCUAGAUGUUUUUUGGGAUUUACAUGAAGUCUCUAUCCAAUCUACUUGUGGGUUUGCUCAAAGUAUUAUUAACGGUAUCUUAAAUAGAUGGGGACAGGAAGGUUACAUUAACUGGUUAAUUAAAAUAAGACAAGAAUAUACUUUGAAAAGGAAUUGGUGUUUGGACAAUUUGUUCAAAUAUUUACCCAUGAAUAUUAUUAGAUUUGCUUCUAUCCCAACAGCUGGCAUGUUUUUCACCAUCUAUAUUGAUAUUUCUAAGCACCCGUUGUCUAAAAAAAUGGAUACUCAACAAAUUGAAAACUAUUUUUAUGACAAGUUUGUGCAAAAUGGUGUAUUACUAACCAUGGGGUCUUGGUUUAAAGUGAAAAAUGUCGCUACUCUUACAACUGGCACUGUUUCUACUAAAGCUAACGUUGUAGAUACUACGAAGAAUGAAAGCAAUUUUGUAAUGUUCAGAGGCACUUAUGCUGCUGUUGAUCCAGCAAAAAUGGAACUAGGAAUGAAAAUUUUAGGGAGUGUAUUAAAACAAGAGUUUGGAUUGGAUUAG